AAACGCUCUAUCCAAUUCGAAAGUAUCACAUUUUGGAAAUGGCUACUACGCACUACCAUUGCUCCUCAAGCUUGGUACUGCGUUCGGACCCUUCAAUUCGUUUGGUUCAGACAUUGAAGCUAACAAACCCUAACGUUUCAUGGCUAGGACCCAAAAUUAGGGUUCAAUCAUGCAGUAUCAGUGUGAAAUCUCACGUGUCCGUUUUCCAGCGCCGCCCCUUCGCUGCCACCGUUUCCUUCAGUCUCCCCAUCUCAAAUUCAGAGCGUGUUUCACCGGGCCAGGAAAUUCCCAAAUGGUCUUCUAAGGCUAUAAAAUCGAUUGCAAUGGGUGAAUUGGAGGCGAGAAAACUCAAGUUUACUACUGCUGGUACCGAAGCCCUUCUCAUGGGGGUUCUUAUUGAAGGUACUAAUCUGGCAAACAAGUUUUUGCGAGCCCAUGGGAUUACGCUUUUCAAGGUGCGAGAUGAAAUUGUGAAAAUUCUUGGAGAACCUGAUAUAUUUUUACAAACCCCCGAGCGUCCUCCAAGGACUGAUGAUGCUCAGAGGGCCCUUGAUUGGGCUGUUGAUAAAAAAUUAAAAUCGGUUGUUGAUGGUGGGGAAGUAAACACAGCACACAUAGUUCUGGGCGUUUGGUCUGAUGUGGAUUCCCUGGGUCACAAGAUACUAUCCAACCUUGGCUUUAAUAACGAAAAAGCUAAAGAGCUAGAGUCUUCAAUUUCUAAAUCUGCUGUUAUUGACGAUUGAUGGUUGCUUAAAGAUGAUUUAGCAAAUUCUUUGCUUUUAGUGCACAUUGAUAAUUGAUUGUACAAUAGAUAGACCAACAGGCUGUUCUGCCAUUGAUUUUGAAUACAGAAUUCAUAUUUUCAAAUGUAAAA